AGGGGAUUCAGUUAUGGUGUGGGCUGAAAUAUCGGAGGGGCGUACAGAAUUGUACAUGGUCCCUAGGGGAUCUGUGACUGCAGAUAGGUACAUAAAUGAGAUCCUACAAGAUUAUGUUGUCCCAUGUGUACCAUUUAUUGGUGACAACUUCAUACUGAUGCAUGACAAUGUACGCCCUUAUGCCGCCCUUAUGCCGCCCGCAUGCCGCCCGCAUUGUCACGGAAUAUUUGAACGAAGUUGGUAUUACCCAAAUGGCAUGACCAGCGCGCAGUCCCGAUCUAAAUCCCAUCGAGCAUGUUUGGGAUUUGUUCGGUAGAAGGAUUUGAAGCUGGGUACCUGCUCAUCUUGCCUUAAGUCAGCUCAGAGUGGUUCUUUUAAAGAAAUGGGAAGCAAUUCCACAGAAUGAAUUAUUCAACUUAAUUAACAGUAUGCAUGGAAGAAUGAAUACCGUUAUACAGGCUCGUGGAGGUAAUA